AUGGCGCAAAGAGCGGGUGGCCUUUACGGGGGCAUUCGAUUCUCAACAGCAUCCGCUCUUCCUCAAGACAACAUUCAACCUUCUUCUUCAUCUAUCAUCCCCAAACCAAUAGCAGAAAAAGCGCCAGCAAAAGAACCUCUACCUGUCGCAGUAGAAGUAAGCCAGGAAAAGCAGGAAAAUGUUGAAACUGCAGCGCCUGAAGCGUCUACAAAAUCUUCAGCCGGAUGGUCCGCGGCGCUUGCAUUUGCACCAGUUCGACGUUCGACUAAGCCUAAACCAUCGACGAGCCGUCUACCACCCGGCGCUGCUUUCGUAGCUAGUCUAGCAGCAGCCGCUACGACAGCAGCGCCUCAGUUAGCUCCCGUAACGGCUCCUGUGGACCAGGAACCGAAUGAACCGGAGGUCUCUGGAUGGGGAAAGAAAAUCAAGGCACCUUCGAUGGUUCUCGAUGAGGAUGUGAAUGGGUUCCGAAGGAUACAACCAGGUGAAGGAAAGCGAAAGAAAAAGAAAAAUAUAAACGUGAAUCAACUUACGUGGGAUCCCUUUGAGCAAUACGACCCUUUUCACCCCAAUGACUACCACGAAUACAAGAAUUGGAAGAAAAAGGAACGUGAAGAACGAAGGAUGCAAGAAAGACGACGAGUUGAAGAACUCAAACGUCGACGGGAAGGUGAUUGGUCAGAAGAUUCUAGCGAAAAUGACAGCGAGGAUGCUCGGUACCAUUCUCCUGAACGUGACGAGGAGCGACCCAUGGGGUUGGGAAUGGCUAAAGUAUCCUCAAAUAUGGAGACCGAUGACCAUCAGGACAUAUACAGACCACCUACUCCUCCUAGUCAAUUCGCCGCUGCCCAAGUCUCGACUGGUGAAGAAGCGUACCUUCGGCGACUACAAAUGUCCCGUGGCUUCGUGAAGCAGUCUAGCCCUCCGGAAGCCCCACCAUCAUUUAUCGACUCGUCUCAUUCAACACCCGAACAAUUACAGGCCCCGCCACCCAUUUCUCCCCUACCUCAGCCCACAUUUGUCCCAUCCUCGCAGCCUGGACGAGAUGGACAUCCUAUACCACAGCCCGAGGAAACGUACAGUAGUCCCUUGGCACCUUCUGCAGCUCCUCCAGCAGCAAGCUCGGCCCCUCUUACUCAAGACGUGAUUGAUGAGAGGCGAAAGACUGCUGCCGCGAUAGCAGCUAGGUUGUCCGCCCUUUCAAAGAUACAGCUUCCCCCAGUUGUGCCAGUGUCA